CCUCUCCUUCCCGCUGGCUCCUGUGAUAAGGCCUAAGGAGACUCCAGUUGUUCCCGCAGGCCCCGGGUUGUCUUUUCCGGCCUGGUGGGUGAGAGGGGUCCCUAGGGGCCAAGCUGCAGCUGGCGGGGCGGAGCCGGGCUGGGUGGGGCAGAAAGCAGCUGCUGGGAGAGAAGAGAGAACGAGAGAGAAAGGAAGAAAAGGAGAAAGAGAAAAAGGAGGGAGGUGCUCUGGUUCCUAGCUCCUCUCCCAAACAGGUGGAAGUCUCAACGAAGGCUCGCCCCAGGACAAGCGGGGGCGCCCCGCCUUUCGGGCGCCCGACGUGUACGCGGCAGCCGCCCGCCGCCGCCGCCGCCGCCGCCGCCGCGCGGGAGUCGCUGUCCGCGGAGCCGAUAUGCAGGCGGCGCGGGGCGGCGCGGGGCGGCCGGGCCGCGGGCCGGAGCGCGAGCGCGAGCGGCCGCCGGGUGCCGGAGCCGAGUCCCCCUGCGCCGCCCCGGGCCAGCCGGCCGGAGGAGCCGCCAUGCACCCCGGGCCGCCCGGCGCCGCGCUCCGCCUGUGGCUGGGCUACGUCUGCCUCGCGCUGGUGCAGGCGGACAGCCCCUCGGCCCCGGUGAAUGUCACUGUCAGGCACCUCAAGGCCAACUCCGCAGUGGUGAGCUGGGAUGUCCUGGAGGACGAGGUUGUCAUCGGAUUUGCCAUCUCUCAGCAGAAAAAGGACGUGCGGAUGCUGCGCUUCAUCCAGGAGGUGAACACUACCACUCGCUCAUGCGCCCUCUGGGACCUGGAGGAGGACACUGAGUACAUCGUGCACGUGCAGGCCAUCUCCAUUCAAGGCCAGAGUCCUGCCAGUGAGCCGGUGCUCUUCAAGACCCCUCGUGAGGCUGAGAAGAUGGCCUCCAAGAACAAAGAUGAGGUGACCAUGAAGGAGAUGGGGAGGAACCAGCAGCUGCGGACGGGCGAGGUGCUGAUUAUCAUCGUGGUCCUGUUCAUGUGGGCCGGCGUCAUUGCCCUCUUCUGCCGCCAGUAUGACAUCAUCAAGGACAAUGAACCCAAUAACAACAAGGAAAAAACCAAGAGUGCGUCAGAAACCAGCACACCAGAGCACCAAGGCGGGGGUCUUCUCCGCAGCAAGAUCUGAAAACCUUUUCAGUGUUUGCUCUGAGCAGCUCAGAAGAAAGCCAGUAGAGAAUGUGAGAGGAUCUCAUGGUCCUGAUGAUGAGAACCCAACAAGCAAACAUCUGGCCCUCUCUACACUCCCUCCUCCUUCCAUCCACUCACACCCUCUGGCUUACUGUCCUCUCUUUUGGCUUCUCUUUUUCUGGCGCAUUUUCCUGAAGCCUCCUGUUAACCCCCAUCUCCAGAAGCACCUCAAUGUCAGUGGCUGAGGCUAUGCUCAGAGGCAGAACUGCAGGAUGUGAGAGAACCAGCCAGUGGGAUGGUCCCACUGGGGGUGGACUGGGUGCCAGGGGCCAGUCUUGGCCAUUCAGUUAUGGGAGCCCGAGGCUGGGUUUGAGGAGGCAGAGAGACAAGAUACGCAGGCAGGGCUCUCCCUUCCUUCCACAUGGGACAAGAGCCUGGCUUUUAGGCUGCAGCUCUGCUGCUCCCUUCCUUCUUGUGUCCUCUUCCUGUUUCCAACCCUGCAAGAAGUCUAUUCUAUUUGCCCUGGCGGCUUUUCUCAUUUUUUUCCUCCCAGUUUCCAAACAAGCCCUUGGUGAACAUCAUCGAAGCAUGACCGCCUGUCUGCAGGGAGAAGGUCCAUGGGCAUGGGGAGGGGAGGACUGCAGUGGGGGGAGGCACAGCUAGCUGCACAGUUCUCCCCGCCCCCGUCCUACUCUGGUGAAGGAGGCUGAACUACAAACCCCAAUUCUGCAAAAAAUAAGCCACAAAACUGAGGCCUGGCCCCGUUCUGGAAAAGGCAAAGCUGCAGGAGACACAGCCUUCUUUCUGUCUCCUUGCCUCUCCUGGACUGGCUUCCUCUUUGAGAAAAUGCACAAAAGCUCCUGGGAGAUGACAAGCACCCAGACUGACUCAGGCUGUGUCUUUCAGACUGAAAACCAUCAGGGAAGCCGUGGGGCUGCCUGCUGGGCAGGGUCAUGGCUGCCAUCAAGCUUUUUCUGGAUCCAGCCAUCAAGGACAUGUUUGUGGUGUUAUGUACAAUUUUGCAAGUGUGUAAGAUGUUAUCUGUUUUGUCUCUUUUGGAAAACACAAUCGAAGGGCUUUACUCCAGAGGGCAGAAGGAUUCCCCAGCUGGUUGCCUGCAUCCCCUGUCUUCUUUGGCCCUUCUUUUGACUGUAAGAUCAUCAGUCUGGGAUCUUAAGAAGACAAAGUAGGAAAGAGACUGGAAGGUAUUGGUCCGUUUCUUUAGGAAAAGUCACUUUGGAGUUGUAACAGUGCUGGCUUGUACAGCUGAAAAAGUACGUCCACAUGGGGGCCGUUAAAAUACGCACUCUGGAGUAGAAGGUGCUGGAAGGCAGGCCUGAGCUACUCACCAUGGUGAGAGCAGCCCUGGCCUCUGGGGUCUCCAUUAUUCUGCCAUCUCAUCCAGGCUUCUGUCAAAGCUACCCAGGGUCCUCAUGUCCUUCCCUAGAGCCUGAGUGGUAUGAGGUGACAGGUCUCCACUGCUCCUUUAUGGUUAAAAAAAAAAAUGGUGCUUGAUAAGGAAAGGCAGACUCUUCCCUGAGACUGACAAGUUCUGGCUGCUGCAUGCAUGCCUGGGAAGAGAUGGACCUCUGUAUCUUCCAUGGGUGGGUAAGGAUGGGCAUGUGGGGGGGACUGUGCCUAGCACAAGCCUGGCACAUCGUAGGCACUUAGUGAAUACCUUGAACUGGAUGUUAAAAGCAAUGGCCCCCAAGCCAGAGAGCUGAAAGCCAUCACUCAAUGACCGCCCCUUCCUUCCGGUCUAUAAGAGCUCUCACAGCUGGGUCAGCCACCACUCUGCUUUGCCCUGAAGUGGCAGCACAGGGAGGGAGGAGAGACAGGGUAAAAGGCAGAUGUCAGCAAUACUAAGGGCUUCAUCAUGGAAGGACAUUUGUCUCCACUCACUGUCUUGUGACUUCCAUCCCUGCUGAAUGGGGCUGAGGCCAAGGCUCCUUAGGGGAGAGGUCCUUACCUCUGAUCCAGUUAGAGCAAUAACUACUUUUUAAAUGUAAAAUAAAAAGACAAAUGAAAAGGCA